AUGAAUGCAAUCAUCCCAGGCGCAUCUCACGGAAAGUUGUACUGGACUCAGAUUACCAGUAGCGAACGAGCAGCAGUUCACGCCGAAGUACUGGAGUUGAAUCCCUACCUACAAAGAUUCCCUGGCGGCUGGAUCACCGAAGUCUUGAUGCAGCGCCAGCUUAGGAACUCACGCAAGACACGCAGCCGUAACAGAAACAAAAGUCAGGGAAAGCAACGCGCACCCAAGGCGGCCGCAACUGCAAAUAAUCCAAGCACUUGCCGGGGAUCCGACGGAGCUACAACUCAGGAAGGCUCACAAAAGCGCAAAGGCCCGCCCCCUCAGCAAACCGGGGGUGCUUCUGGUCACUCCGAGCCAAAGAAAAGUAAGCGGACAUCUGACGCACCGGCUCCUGAUGUACCCGCUCCUCCAAACAAAAAGCCAAGAACAUUACUGGGAUAUUUCCAACCCGUGAUACCCCAGUCAUCAGCUGCAACACAUGGUCAAAAGCACCAAGGAGGAGAGAUCAGUGGAAAAGACCACGAGGCUCCUCAUGUCCCAUCUUCGGAAAGUAGUUCGGAAGAAGAUGAUUGGGGGGAUGCUGUCGCUCGUGAGAUGCAGGAGCUGAAAUCGCGAACGCGUGGCAAAGAGGGCAGCGCUCCGGGCCCAAAUAGCUCAAUCUCUAAGACUUCUGGGAGCAGAAUUCGUCCAAAAGUGCAACCGCCGCCAAGUGACGACGGCAACGACACUGAGGGAUCGGACUUCUUCCGUCGAAACACACGUGUAACAAAGCAGGAGCUAAUUGACGAAGCCGAGGGGGUCGAAGAAGGAGCAAGUAAACCCAAGCCCGCGCCAAAGGGCAAGAAGCCCAGAGGUAGACCAAGGAAACAACAACAAUCGGCAGAUUAG